GUUUCAUACCGCAACUCCGCAACGUCGAAUUCAGAGCAGCUGGUGACCGUUGUUUUUCAGCAGCCUCUACUCUUCUGUAUCCUCUCCGGCAACAGAAAGCUAAAAAAGAUCAAGCCAUCAACUUGACCGAAAAAAGUUGCUUCGAAGAAACUUAAAACCAUGCCACAAGAGCUUCCUGGGUUCUACUAUGACGCCGAGAAGAACAGAUAUUUCCCUCUCAAAGGCCCAAUCCCCGGUUCUUCCCGUGCCUCUUCCUCUUCCUCUUCUUCUUCGUAUGCUGCUGAUCGUAAAAACCCUAAACAGAAUACUUCUCAGGCAGACAAAUAUUGCAGGACUCGAGUAAAAACUCAUAGAUUGCUUCAGGGCAGGGAGUUGAAUGGCAAUGUGGUUUCUGUUAGUAAAUCAAAGUACAAUUUUGUCCAAGAAUACCAGAAGGCACAAGCUUCUCAACCGGUGGUUUGGAGGUAUCAAGAGCCUGGCGAGUUGGCGUGUGAUGGUGGUUUGGAUCAGACAAGUUUUUGCAUACAGAAACCCGAUGGUCAAGUUAAUAUGGACAUUCUAGUGGCAGGAGGUAUAAAUGGCUGCUUGAGUGUUAUUGAAGUUGGAAAUGGUGGUCAUCAUCAAUUAAACCGCGUUAUGCCAGAUCGUGUGUGGCCCUCAACAAUAGGAGAUAGAACAAAUAAACCACCUGAACAUGUUCGAAGAUCGUAUUCAAAUUUUUUGAGUUCAAGCAUAUCUUCUGUGAAACUGCUCGGGAGGACUUCUCAUCUGAGUGCUGAUAUAGGUUGUCACAUCCAGCAUGGCCUGUAUCCUAUAUGGACAAAUUUAGGAGCCGCUUUGGUCAAUUUAGAAACAGGAAUCAUAUCAUGGUUGUGCCGAAGUAAAAGUGAUGUUUUGUCCCAGCAGCUUAAUAAGGCGGGAAAUGUCGUUCUAUGUGGACUGCGAAAUGGGGCAAUCUUGUCAGUUGAUACUCGUGAGAAACAAGGUCAUUCUGGUAGACGCAGUCAUAGGGUACAGUCUAUACCAUUGGGCAAUCGUGCUCAACAUCGUGCAUCAUGGUUUAGGGUUGAGGGGAAUAUAGAUCCAGCUACUACGGUUUGCAUGCCCUCAUCUGUUUGCAGUUUAGUCUCACUUCAGCUUUACGACCAAUAUUUCUUGGCCAGUUCGAUGGAUGGAGCGAUCAAGUUAUACGAUCAUCGCUUGACCAACAGAGGUGCUGUACAGGUAUAUGAAGGCCAUGUGAACUCUCAUACACGAUUACAGCUCAAAGUCGACCCCUCUGAGAGGUUUCUUAUGGCAGGUGGAGAGGACUGUCAUCUACGUCUUUGGAGUGUCAAGUCUGGUAAGCUGCUCUUUGAUGAAAAAGUAUCUGAUGCAGUCCCCUCAACUGUGUGUUGGCAGAAAGGCAAGCUAGCUCAUUUUUAUUUUUACUGUUAUGUGGAUAGGAAGGGUUUAUGCUUGGAUGGUUUUACGAUAUUCACCGUUGAACCGGAUUUCUGCAGGGCUAUUGGAGGCAGCAACAACAUCGUCCGGUGUCAUGGUGUCGUGGAACUGCACGACGAGGUUUUGCUUGCUGGGAAGGGUUGGCCGUCGGAUGCUCCUCUCCUGCAUUUUGCCCUCUUUUGGUAAAGUAAGAAAAAGCAACGACACACACUAUACUAGCAUUGGCCUUUUCCUUUCGCUGGAGGAGACAGGUUAAAGUUUCUGAAGCUUUUCUUGGUCUUUGAGAGUGACUAGGACUAGUCUAGUUAGUCUUUUGAAGGCACAGUAUGCUACUGUGGAGAGGGUUUUAGGCUUUUAGCAUAGUUAGAACGCGUCGGUUGCUGCAUGAGGCUGAGGGCUGAGUGGAGUCGACUUGGGUAAUUAGUGUUCAAAAUGGGACAACUGAUAGAAAAGAAAAGGUGAUUGGAAUCUGCUUAAGUUCAAAAUCCGAAAGUGGGGAGGAAAGUUAUUCCCUUUUGAUUGUAAGAGUGGAUAGUCUUACGUACCUGCUCCACCCAAAUCCAUCCUCGACCCCUCCAAAAAGAGGACAAAGUUUAUGUAAUGCCAAAGGGCGAGGGGCAGAGCCAUUUCACCAUGAACAAUCCUCCUGUAACGUCCCUGUCAGAAUUGGGUAAUAGUCAUCACCCAGGGAAAGCCUAGA